AUGCCUUCAAAAUACAACUUUGAUGAUGACGAACCCAUGGAUAUUCCACCAACUGAGGAGCUCGAUGGUUAUCUCAAAAACCGCCCACUUAAUUUCAAUCGUUCCGCUCAUGCCUUAGAUUGGUGGCAUACCAAUGCUCAAAGGUAUCUAAAUGUUGCUCGCUUUGCUUGGGAUGUAUUGGCAAUCGCAGUGGUGGACAUGAUACAGUGUCAUUGUGCCGCGCGAGUCUCAAACCUGAGACUAUCCGGAAACUGAUGCUCGUGAAGCAUCGAUUACUUCUUGCACAUAGAAUGUUAUCACAAACAGGAAAAGAGCCCGAAACCGCAUUUCCAUGGUCUAGAAUACACCGUUACCGUCAAACUGCUGUUGUAGAACUGUAUGGGACCAUUACGUGACGCAACGUAUACGGAUGCGGUCUGUUUGUGUGAUUUGAU